UUACAAUGUUGUAUCUCACAUCGGAGCAGUUACAAUGUUGUAACUCCUCCGAGGGCCAUACUCGAAACAAAAAUAGCCGCCAUGUUAUGACGUCACACAUUGUAAAGUACCUUGUAAGUUACAACUGCUCGGGAGCUCUUGUAAGGCUUUCAAACCGGAUAUAGUAAUUGCUUAUAUCUCGAUUGCAUAGUCGUCAUAACUUAUAUAGCCUUUAUUUGACUACACACUGACGUUUUAUGUAUUUAAUACACCGGAAAUUCUAGAUAUUCAGCGUUUUCUUUGCUUUCCUUGCAUAAUUAUUGCGAUUUAAACAUAUUGCAUGUUAAGUGCCAACAGUGUUGACAGACGACAAACAUGGAGUUGGUAGCUGCUUAUCUUCAUGAUCGAGCUUUACGACGUGAAAGACAUUAUAGGGAUCCCUUGGAUCCUUUGCAUGUUAAUGAUAACCAUUUAUUGCGGUACUACAGAUUUCCAAGACAUGAAAUUUUGUGGCUCUGUGAGGUGUUGGACCCAUACUUGAGAAGAAGAACAAGGAGGUCACACGCAGUGCCAACCCACACACAAGUGCUUGUGGCCUUACGCUUUUAUGCUAGUGGAACAUUUCAGAGUGUGAUUGGUGACUCAUGUGGAUUAACACAAGCAAGUAUAAGCAGGAUAAUUGCAGCAGUGACCAGAGUGUUGACAGAAAAGGCAAGAAUAGAAAUAAAAUUUCCAUCUAGUGCUAAUGAUUUAAGGAAGACUGUCCAAGAUUUUUCAAGAAUUGCAAACUUUCCAAGAGUCAUAGGAGCUAUAGAUGGUACUCACAUUCCAAUUAAAGCACCAUAUGUUGAUGAACACAUUUAUGUUAACAGGAAAAGGUUUCAUUCAUUAAAUCUACAGGUAGUUUGCAAUGCAGAUGGACUAAUAACAAGUUACAACACAAGAUAUCCUGGCAGUACUCAUGAUGCAUUUAUUUGGUCCAACUGUGCACUACGUACUCGAUUUGAGACAGGAGAAUUUGGAGAAAAUUAUUUACUAGGUGAUAGUGGCUAUCCCCUUGAGCCAUACCUUUUAACGCCUCUGUUGAAUCCAAGAACACCAGGAGAAACCCGUUACAACAGAAGUCACACCAGAACACGUGUGAUCAUAGAGCAGACAUUUGGCAUACUGAAGUCAAGAUUCAGGUGUUUGCAUCAUUCUGGAGGAACUCUUCAGUAUGAUCCUGUUAAAUGCUCCAAAAUUGCAAUUGCCUGCCUGCUUCUCCAUAAUUAUUGUGUGAAACGAAGGAUACCAGUUCCGCAGGAGAUUGUAGAAAAUGAUGGCGAGAUGAACAUUGCAGCAGAAGCUGCUGAACGUGGAACAGGUCAAGCAGUCAGAGCUCGUCUCAUUGAAAAUUGGUAUAGCUGAAUAUUGAUUCCAGAAACUGUAAGAAAUUAAUAAUGUGUUUGUUUAAUCUUUUUUGUUUAUUCUGUGAUUCACUAGAGCCUUAAACCAAUAAUAUGAGAUUGUUCUCCAUUUGUUAAAAAUGUUAGUAUAAAGGUAUA